AUGGCUCCUGGCAUGAUGAUUGUAAAAAAUAAUCCAAAUGUGUUACAUUGGAGCUUAGAGAAUGGAUACGAAGAAGGAAAAAUUCAAAACGAAUAUCCAAGGCGUACAUCAAACACAGGACUUGGCACUGGUUUAUAUGUAUUUUCAAAUAUCCAUGUAGAUCAUCUAGAGUAUAUUUGCCGAGAUACUGGUCUUGGAGUUAAAGUCUUCUUGACUAUGCCUUAUUUGAAUGAUUUUCAAGUUACGAUUAAACCCAAAUUAACAACCACAUCAAAUGCACUAAGAAAAUAUAAACCAAGUCAACGUCAAUGCUUCUUCAGCUCGGAACGUCGUUUGCGAUUUUUCAAGCUAUACACAGGAGGCAAUUGCGAAGUGGAGUGUUUGGCAAAUUUCACUCGAAUCAUGUGCAAUUGUGUGCGAUUUUCGAUGCCAAGAGACAAUGCGACAAAUAUUUGUGGUCCAGCAAGUAUAAAAUGCUAUGUAUCAGCCGCUGAUAAAUUGUAUCAAAAUGAUAACCAUGCAAAAUCAUUUCGUGAGCACUGCAAUUGCAUGCCCGCGUGCACUAGCAUUGAAUACAAUACAGAUGUCAGUAGUGUUCCCUAUCAAUUAGAUAUUCUCCAAACAUCAUACAACCAGACCUGUGUCAAUGUGAGCAUCUUCUAUGGUAACCAUCAAGUAGAGACACUCAAGAGGACUGAAGCAUAUUCGUUCAACGACUUUCUGGCAAUUUGUGGAGGUUUGCUGGGUUUGUUUUUGGGCAUAUCUUUAUUGAGCAUUAUGGAAUUGGUCUACUAUUUUACAAUUCGCUUGUUCUUCAUAUUUUGUGGAUUUUUAUAA